AUGAAGUUCAAGGACUUGUAUACUAUGCCACCAAAGGGUUCAAGGAGAAGGCCUUCUCGGAUCGGGCGGGUUUGGGUCCGUUUACAAAGGUGUCAUGCCCAAGACGAAGAAGAAGAUCGCCGUGAAAAGAGUCUCAACGAAUCCCGACAAGGGUUGAAAGAGUUUGUGUCUGAGAUCGUGAGUAUUGGUCGGAUGAGUCACCGGAACUUGGUCCCUCUCUUGGGUUAUUGCCGCCGGAAAAACGAGCUUCUUCUGGUGUACGACUACAUGCCCAACGGAAGCUUAGACAAGUAUUUGUAUAAUAGUCCAGAGGUAACCUCGACUGGAAACAGAGGUUUAAAGUCAUCAAAGGUGUGGCCUCUGCUUUUCUUCCUCCACGAGGAAUGGGAACAAGUGGUGAUUCACCGCGACAUCAAAGCCAGCAACGUCUUGUUAGAUGCGGAGCUCAAUGGGAGACUCGGAGACUUCGGUUUAGCUCGGUUGUGCGGUCACGGUCGGAUCCUCUAA